AUGGCGCCCAAAGUUGCAGGCAAGCGCAAGCGGGUGCAGCAGCAAGAGUGUGCAGAAGCAGAGGCACUGCACUGGUGGACCGGGAAGAAUUCGCAAGGUUUGAUCGCUUGUUUCAAGAAGGAGCUGGCCCUUUUCCUCAAAGGCUCCUUUGUCGAUUGCGACCAUUGGUCGCAGCGCAAAUUCCUGUACUUUCAGCGCAACUACGCUGAAGUGCCCAGACUGCUCGAAAGGUGCAAUAGCGUCAUUGAUAGCAUCAACGACACGGUCGAGGAGCAAAUCGACAAAGUUCUUUCAGAAGGUCCUGCAAGCUGGAAAGAGCUCAUGGGGGAAGGUGAAGAAGAUAUGUUGGGCCCCUUCUUGCUUUGCCACCCUGAAGAACACAAAGGCUUUCUGAGAUUGUGCCGCCCAGAGGGAUCAGGGACAUUUGGAACCAAAGGUCCGCAGAAACAGCUCCCGAGCGACCUGUCAGGCAAGGUCAGGCAUGCUCUUUUCCGUUGGUGGCACCAGAAUGUGCGCGCUUGGGUGGUGAAUGCGGAGCAGGAUUGCUUUGCAUCUCAAUUCUCUCGGCUGCUGUGGGGUGCCUCUGCAGAUCAUGUUGAGAUCAAAGUUGUGGGCAGCCCUGCUCGGGCGGCAGUGCACUUCCUAUUGCCCGAGUCCGAGCCUUUAGAGACAUUGGCUGACAUGGCAGAUGAACACAUCAUCAGGAAGUGGCAAGAGCGAAGUGGCCGAGAGGAGGAGUACUAUGGCUCAUGGCUGCUGGAGAUCAUCGAUGGUCACCGGGCACAGCGUGUGCGACAAGUCAUUUGCGAGCUUACGGGCAUCAAAUGUCCCAUGGAUGCAGACCCAAAGAAACUACACGAAGUCAAUGAGAUUGAGCGGUCAAUUUCCCACUGGAGAGGAUGGAUGCAGAUGUUUAAUUUUCGAGAGUUGAUUGAUCUGAAGGUUCGAUGCCGCGGCAUGACGGAGCAAGAAGGACGCCGCAUCAAGGGAAAACUGGAUGAUUGCUUACCGGUCACGCGUAUUGAUUCCUGCAACGGAGAGUUGCUCCAGGGCUCGGAUAACGAGUCUGACUACUUGGAGGAUCCAACGUGCCGGAUGCUACCCGCGCCAGAGGACCAGCGACUGCUUGCCCACAUGAACGGCUCCGAAGAGGAAGCGCAGCUGACCGUCAAGCUCAGCUGGAUGAAAUUAUUGAACUUCGAGUUGAGGGUGGAGGUGCUGGCGCGGGUUCCUGCGGAUUACAAGCGCCCCUACCACCUGGUGCGAAUCCAGGUACGGGACUUCCCCUUCACGCUCAUAGAGAAGCCCGCAGGUGAGACUGCCAAGGGCUCUGCGUCCUUUGUGGAGCGUUUGGGGGCGAUGGUCAAUGCUGGAACUGUUCAGCGUGCAGUGCUGUCUUUCAACGACUCCCGCGACGACCAUCGCACUAUCACCAGGCUGCUUCAGCCGGUGGCCUACCCUACAGUGGCGCAGGUCGUCUUCGACGGACUUCCGAGGACAUUCGCGCAGAAAGCCCUCGACAGCCUUGCCGCAGCUCAGGGCCUUCCUCCCAGCGCCGCGAACACCGCGGCUCUCGCUGCCGAGAGUGGCGGCGACCUGCGUCAGGCCAUCAAUGCGUUGCAGCUGUGGACAGGGAGCCGACGAUGGGUCCCAGCCGCCGCCAGCAACAGUCGGGGUCGCAAUCGAGGCCCUAAAGCGCAAGCGGCCAAGCAGCUGCAGGCGGAGGCCUCCCGCGAUGCCGAGGCCUCGCUGCGCAGCGCCAACCUGGGGCUCUUCCAUGCACUUGGGCGUUUGCUCUGGUGCAAACGAAUACCGCCAGGCGGGGAGGAGGUCGAGACUUCCGCUAGUGGCGCCAAGCGUAGGCGCAAAGGUGCCACGGGAGGAGGGGCGCCGGAGCCCAAGCAGCUGCCACACAACCUACUCACACCUAAGGCUACGAGGCCGCCUCUCUACUUCGUGCCGGAGGACGUGAUCGCGCAGUCACAAACAGACCCGCAGAUGUUGGUUCAGUGGCUCUUCACCAACGCACCGCGCUACUACGGCGACGUCACAGACCUCGCAGCCUUCGCCGGGGCCUUGUCUGAGGCGGACGCCUGGGGUGGCACGAGCAUUGGCAGCUGGCAGGGAUGGCGGCAGGAGGUCGACACUCCCGCCGCCGAGGAACUUGCCACAUCGGUGGAAGUUCGAUCGCUGCUUGACGCAAACCUCCACCCAGUACCGCCCAGCUUCCGCUCCGCCGUGGCGAGCACGAACGCGGACGUCGCGGCUGCGUCUACAUUUAAUAUGGUCAGGCCUUCCACUUGGGAUGUGCAACGCCAUCGCAACCGACGGUUGGAGGAGCUAGCCGGGCACCUGGCCAAGAUGGGCCCCGAAGCGCUCGGGAGCCUGGCGGUCCGUCCGAGUUUGAUCACGUCCACUCUGCCCUUCGUGCACUUGAUACUUCAAGCUAGCAGGGGUCAGCAUCCCAAGCUGAAUCGCCUUCCGCAUCCGAUGAUGCAGCUGCUGAUGGGCUUGAGCUCAGGCAUUGAUGGCGAGUUCGUUCGCUCGGGCACCAUCGACGCGCAGCCGGCCCAGGCCUCGCAGUCGCAGCCAUCGCAGCAAUCCUUCCAGACAUCAGAGACACAAGCACCGCCCGACAGCUGGAGAUUUGCCCUUUCGGAUGAUCCCAUCGAAGACGUGUGA